CAUCCGCCCCUCUCCGAGGUUAAAGGGAAGUUGAGAGAAAAUAGGAAGAUAGUCAGACGCGAAUAACAAAAACUGGAGUAUUCGCGUUGUGACGGAAGUCCGAGUGAAAGAUCAAAGAGGAGAUUCUCUGAAAUAUGGCGAUAGUAAAACUAGGGCAGCUGCACACAUCGAAGAAAAAUACCCACGCGGCCUUGAUUGUCGCUGUUUUUUUCGUAUAUUCUCUCAACCCCUCUACCGUCUGCGAGGCUAGGGCGAGGAGGAGUUCGUCGGAGGAGGUAGAAUCUUACAAUAAAUACUACAAUUACGUGGAUCUGACGCGGCUUCUCAAAUCUUUGGCGGACAGGUAUCCUCAUGUCGCGAAUUUGUCCAGCGUGGGCCAAUCGGUACAGGGUAGGGAGCUAUGGGUGAUGAGAAUCACGAAGGACCCCGCUGCGGACGGACCGGGGAAGCCCAAAUUUAAAUACGUGGGGAACAUGCACGGAGACGAGACGGUGUCCCGGCAGAUUUUGGUGUACCUGGUAGAACACCUACUGACCCGGUAUGGGGAGGAUCCGCGGGUGACGGACCUGGUCAACAACACCGACAUCUACAUCAUGCCGAGCAUGAAUCCCGACGGCUUCGAGAAGUCCGUGGAGGGAGACUGUAACGGGGACAACGGUGGUCGAAAGAAUGCCAAAAACAUCGACUUGAACAGAAGCUUUCCGGACCAGUUUGACAUCAUAAACGUCAGAAAAGAAGACGUCCCGGAAGUCACGGCCGUGAUUAAAUGGAUUCUUGAGAACAAGUUCGUCUUGUCCGGGAACCUCCACGGGGGCACGGUUGUGGCCAGCUAUCCCUUUGACGACUCGGCAUCUCACGACCCCGAGGGCCACUACAGCAAGUCGUCGGAUGACUCGCUGUUCAGGUACCUGGCACGGACGUACGCGGAGCGCAACCCAGUCAUGGCAACCGGCGAGCCUAACUGCCCGGACGCCCCGCUUGAGACAUUCAAGGACGGCAUCGUAAACGGUGCCGAGUGGUACGACGUAUCUGGAGGGAUGCAGGACUACAACUACCUGAAGGGGAACUGCCUGGAGAUCACCAUGGAGCUGAGCUGCUGUAAGCACCCCCACGCCGCGCAGCUCCCCACCGAGUGGGACAACAACCGAGAGUCUCUGCUGGCGUACAUGGAGAAGGUGCACAUCGGAGUGCGCGGUUAUGUGAGAGAGGCGCAGAACGGGACCGUUCUCUCAGACGUGAGGGUCACGGUCGCGGGAAACAACCACAACGUGACCACAGGGAAGUUUGGAGAUUAUUACCGUCUCCUCCUGCCCGGCAGCUACAACAUCACGGCCAGUCUCCCCGGAUACCAGCCCAUGACUGUAGGGGGCGUGCAGGUGGUGGAAGAAAAGGCCACGGAGCUCAACUUUACCCUGGCGGCUGUGAGGGAGGAGCCCCUCCCCAGCCCCUCCUCCAGCACCCCUGCGCUCCCACCCACCACCACCGGGGGCAGCAACGCGACGUCGGCCUCCAACGUGAGCUCCGCCCCCGCGACCCCGACGGCGACCUCGCCGCCCCCUCCCCAGCCCGUGCAGCCGCAGGACUUCCGGCACCACCACUACAACGACAUGGAGCUCUUCCUCAGCCGCUACAACGCCGAGUUCCCCGCCAUCACCCGCCUCUACUCCGUCGGCACGUCCGUGCAGAACCGCCGCCUCUACGUCAUGGAGAUCACCGACAACCCGGGCGUGCACGAGGAAGGGGAACCGGAGUUCAAGUACAUCGGCAACAUGCACGGCAACGAGGUGGUGGGGCGCGAGGUGCUCCUCAACCUGAUCGAGUACCUGUGCCGUAACUACGGCAGCGACCCCGAGGUCACCCAGCUGGUCAACAGCACGCGCAUCCACAUCAUGCCCUCCAUGAACCCCGACGGGUACGAGCUGGCUCAGGAGGGAGACGUCAAAGGCUACGUGGGUCGCAACAACAGCAACAAUUUUGACUUGAACCGGAACUUCCCUGACCAGUUCACCGCCAUACCGGACCCCCAGCAGCCGGAGACCAUCGCCGUGAUGAACUGGCUGAGAAUGUACCCCUUCGUCCUGUCCGCUAACCUGCACGGAGGGUCUCUGGUGGUGAACUAUCCUUAUGACGACAACGCGGAGGGCCUGAGGGGUUACAGCAGGUCCCCCGACGACGCCGUCUUCAAGAUGGUGUCUCUGGCGUACGCACAGGGUAAUCCUCUCAUGCAAAAGGGGAUACCGUGUGUAGACCUUUACCCAGGGGAGUUCUUCCAGGAUGGCAUCACCAACGGGGCGGGUUGGUACAGCGUGCCAGGGGGCAUGCAGGACUGGAACUACCUCAACACAAACUGCUUUGAGGUGACCAUCGAGCUGGGCUGCGUGAAAUACCCGCCUGCCAAAGACCUGCCCAUGUACUGGGAGCAGAACCGGCAGGCCCUGCUGCAGUUUAUACACCAGGUGCACAAGGGGGUGAAGGGGAUGGUGAUGGACGGGAAGGACGGCACGGGCAUCUCCAAUGCCACCAUCACGGUGGCGGAGGUGGAUCACUCCAUCACCACCAACAAGGCCGGGGACUACUGGCGCCUCCUGGUGCCCGGCACGUACCAGCUGACUGCGUCCGCGCGGGGGUACACUCCCGUCACCGUCUACGCCACCGUGCCGGACGAGGGGGUGGAGGUGGUGGACUUCCGGCUGACGCGGGUGCGCAGCGAGGAGGGGGCGGCGGCGAAGGGCCCGCCCCCAACGCGGGACCCCACGGAGGAGGAGUUUGAGCGCUUCAUCAAGGAGCUCUCCAGCGAGCGCGGCCUGGAGCAGCUCCUGCAGUCCACCGCCCCCCACAGCAGCUUCCGUUACCGCGCCUACAACGAGCUGUCCGAGUUCCUGCGCGGGCUCACCUACAACUUCCCCAAGAUCACCCGCCUGCAAAGUCUGGGGCAGAGCGUGGAAUUCCGGACCAUCUGGGCCCUGGAAAUCUCCAACAUGCCCAAGGUGCCCGAGCCCGCCGAGCCCAAGGUGCGAUUCGUGGGCGGUAUCCACGGCAACGCGCCGGUGGGCACGGAGCUUCUGCUGGAGCUGGCCGCCUUCCUGUGCAUCAACUACGGCAAGAGCCCCUCCGUCACCAAGCUGAUUGACAGGACGAGGAUCGUGAUCCUGCCGCUGGUGAACCCGGACGGGCGGGAGCUGGCCCAGGAGAAGCACUGCAGCUCUGAGGUGGGCCUGACCAACGCGCACAAGAAGGACCUGGACACAGACUUCUUCGGUAAUGCGUCGCAGUAAGGAUGCGUGUGUGUGU